AUGACCUCGCAAGAAUUGUGCACUCUGCUUUUCCUCCUUGACACCAUGACCACGCAGCCUCGCCUAGAAGAUGACCCUUAUAUACCGGAAGCCAAUGCACAGCACGCAAUGCUCCAACAAGCACAAGCUGCUGCUUCUGCCGUCCAGACUGAAACCGCAGGAUCAACGAGACAUGACGCUCCCUUGCGAACGACCGACCUCGUCACUCCAGAUGCGACCGACGAAGAAGUUCCGCCUCCCCCAUAUGGCGACAUCUAUGGCGAGAUUCGGGACGAAAAAGAUGGCCUAGGCACCAGCGCAAGCGUCACCGAAGACGGCCGUGUCAACAUCCGCAUCAACCAGCUCAACCGACGUUUAUCCCAAGUCUUUACGCCAGCUUUGCGUGAGCACGUUCAAAGCGUCCAAGAUAUCAGCCCGCCUCCCCCUGCAUGCAUUCCACCUUCAUUGGGAGGUAAAGAGGGAGUUCCACCCCCAGCCCUAAAUGUGGUUAUCCAGGUUGUUGGCUCGCGCGGAGACGUACAACCUUUUGUUGCUCUCGGGAAAGUUUUGAAGGAGACCUAUGGCCAUCGAGUUCGUCUGGCAACUCAUCCUACUUUCAAGAAGUUUGUAGAAGAGAACGGCUUGGAGUUUUUCAGCAUCGGUGGCGACCCCUCCCAGCUGAUGGCUUUCAUGGUCAAGAAUCCUGGAUUGAUGCCAGGGUUCCGUAGUCUGGCCAGCGGGGAUGUCGGUCGCCGGAGAAGAGAUGUCGCGGAAUACAUUCAAGGCUGCUGGCGAUCGUGCUACGAAACAGGUGAUGGCAUGCCCGACGACCACAGUUCAGAUCGCUUCGCAAACGACCCCGGUUCUUUCCCCUUCGUCGCGGAUUGUAUCAUUGCCAAUCCCCCAAGCUUUGCACACAUUCAUUGCGCAGAGAAGUUAGGAAUACCCCUUCAUAUCAUGUUCACCAUGCCAUACUCUCCCACCCAGGCCUUCCCUCAUCCUUUGGCGAACAUCCAGUCCUCGAACGCCGAUACUCAACUCACAAACUACAUCAGUUACGCUAUGAUCGAAGCCCUCUCAUGGCAAGGCUUGGGCGACAUCAUCAACCGGUUUCGCGCUAAGUGCCUCGGCUUAGAGCCCGUGAGUAUGAUCUGGGCCCCAGGAAUGCUCCAGCGCCUCAAAGUGCCUCACACAUACUGCUGGUCUCCUGCUCUUAUUCCGAAACCGAAGGACUGGGGCUCUCAUAUAACCAUCUCUGGUUUCUACUUCUUGAAUCUGGCCUCUAAUUACACACCUACGCCUGAGCUGCAGAAAUUCCUUGACGAUGGACCACCGCCGGUGUACAUUGGAUUCGGAAGUAUUGUUCUGGACGAUCCGAAUGCCAUGACGGAACUCAUUUUCGAGGCCACAAAAAAGAUUGCAGGCGGAAGACGUGUACUGCUUUCCAAGGGCUGGGGAGGUAUGGGUGCGGACGAACUUCGUGUUCCCGAGAACGUCUUUAUGUUAGGCAAUGUGCCGCAUGACUGGCUUUUCAAGCACGUCGAAUGCGUCGUUCAUCAUGGCGGUGCAGGUACUACUGCCGCAGGUAUCGCAGCAGGUGAGCUAUGUGCCUACUUAGUAAUCAAACAACCAAAAGCUGACCUUUUGACUUUACUUUAG